ACCCAAAGUCCCCGGAACCAAACACGCUCCCAUUGCAAAUGUUCUCCACCUCACCCUAUCCAAAAUCAACUUAAAUGGCCACCCCACUAAACCUGGCACUCACUUCCGCCGGCACAGGCAACCCCAGCUUUCCCCCAUCACCCACCUCCUCGAAUGACCAAUUCUCGAGCGCCGUCGACCAAGAAGAAGGCUACGAACUCCGCACCUUAUCUCGCCCUCCCCUCGCAACCGACGAAGAUGAAGACGGUGACAAUGAUGACAAUGAGCGUGGGGCCUUAAUCCCCGAACAGGUAUCCACGCGGCGGGGUGGCCACGGGGCGCGGGAGGAUGUGCUGUAUGAGAGUUUCCAGGAGAGUGACGGAGAGGGAGAGGAAGAGGACUCCAUGGAAAUACGGAGACGGGAGAGGAGACGGGGCAAGAAGGAAUUUUUUUAUAGCGCAGCCCAGGAAAGGGCAGUUGUUUGCCGGUUGGAUUGGUAUCUGGUGCUUUUUCUGUCGGUGUUGUAUAUGUUGAGUUUUUUGGACAGGAGUAGUAUGUUCUCCUCUUUCCCGGCAAAGGUUGGAAUUGUGCUGAUUUUUCUUGUUUGGUUAGACAUUGGGAAUGUGGGUUGCUUUUUCUCCUCUGGGAUUGUCAUGCUGGGAAGUACGGCCGUGGGGUGAACGGGAUGUGCUAAUGGGAUUAGGCACGGAUCGCUGGCAUGACGGAGGAUUUGGGUCUCGAAGAUGAUAAUUACGAGUGGCUACUCACUGUAUUUUACAUAACCUACAUUGCUCGUUCCCCGCAUACUACCAGAAAACAUCUCAGAGCUUGGCUAAUUAGUGGUAGUUAUUCGAGUGGAUGACACUCUGCUGGAAAGUCUUCCCAGCGCAUAAGUACAUUGCUUGCUGCGUCGCCGGGUACCUCCCCCCUUCCCCCUUCCCCCGCGGCCUGAAUUUCUGAUUGUUCAUUAUCGCUGACAAGGAGCAGCUGGGGCUCCGUAGCAUGCCUGCGUAAGUUGCCACUCGGCCCAACUACCAAAUACCACAUCUGAUAUUAUAGCGAAACACAGAAGGGCUAGCAAUCAACUGGGGAACCAUGCUUGUCCUACGUGCCUUGCUAGGGAUCACAGAAGCAGCUUUUGGGCCAGGUAUGUGCCUGUAGGAGUCGUCACGGAUCUCUCUAACCUUCCAGGUGUACCAUUUUAUCUAUCAUUUUUCUACCGCCGUGAGGUAGCUUUCUCCCGUCUAUUCCGCCAAGAAGGUGCGUGUUAAUAGUAAGGCAGGAGCUAGCUCUCCGUACUGGCCUAUUCAUCUCUGCGGCGCCAUUGGCAACAGCGUACUCGGGGUUCUUAGCAUACGGGAUCACAUCCAUACCCUCUCCUAUCGCCCCCCUGGAGACUACUCUUCAUACUCGAGGGUUUCCCGUCGAUGAUUAUGGCUGUAAUCUCGUAUUAUCACAUUCCAGACUCCCCGGCUGAUGCUGGGUUCUUGACGCUUGAGCAAAAGAAGAUUGCCAGGCGGCGAUUGCUGGUUGUUAGAGAUGGGGAUGACGAGGAGGAGGUUAUCAUGGGUGAGGAGGAAGGCCGUGGUGUGAGAUGGGGCCAGGUGUGGAAUGCAAUAAGGGAUGUGGGGAACUGGGUUACUGCGGUGGGUGUCGUUGGGACUUUCGGGUUGACGGAAGCUAAUAUAACGAGUGAUAGUUUAUGUUUUUCUUCUGUAACGUCUCCUUCUCAUCACUGCCUGUGUUUCUGCCAACUAUACUCAGAGAGUAACCCCCCCGCGCCCCCCCCCCCGUGUGCUCUAACCCCAGGGUAACGAAUGAAUCUAGUAUGGGUUACACCUCCAUCCACGCCCAAGCCCUCUCCGCGCCCCCCUACCUCUUCGCCUUCUUUCUUGUCCUCCUUUCAACCUACCUUUCGGACCGCCUCGGCAGUCGCUCCUACCCAAUCCUGAUCCUCAGUCUAAUAGCCUCCCUCGGGUACUUUACCCUGGCCGCGACCUCCCACAUCCAAUCCUCGCUAGCCUCAGCAAUCACAAAUCUCGACUCCGAAGCGCCCGCGAACUCGUUCGGAGACUGGAUAUCCUCCGGCGCCGCAUCCACCUGGUUGCAGGAGAAUGCGGCGGGCGCUCUAGCGGUAAAAUACGUCUCCAUCUUCCUCGCUGCCGGUGGCAUAUUCUCCGCCAUCGCCCUGGUGAUGGUAUGGAACGUGAAUAAUAGCGAGAGCGAGAGCGGCCGCGGCACGGGAAUGGCGAUAUUACAGGCUGUGGGUCAGUGUGGGCCGUUGCUGGGGACUAGGUUGUACCCGGAGGAUGAGGGGCCGUACUACGUUCGUGGAAUGGCGGUGUGUGGUACUGCGAUGGCGGUGGUUGUGCUACUCGUCGGGGUGCAGAGGUGGAGACUUAACAGGGCAAAUAGGGAGAGGGAUAGGAAGGAGGCUAUGGAGGGGAGGGUGGGCAGAGGGUGGAGAUUUAUGCUUUAGCAACCUUUCACAGAUCUGCUAGUUUCGUUUUUGCGGGAGCGGUGUGUAUAAGCUAGUUUUGGUCUUUCUUUUAUGACAUCUUCCUUUUUUGUCUGCGCUACAUAAAAUACUAGAGGUUAAACGC